GCCCAGCUACAGCCGCUAAGCAUGCUUUGUACGCUCUCGCUGGCAAGAAUGUUAGUUCCUGCUCUUCCCUAGCCGUUUCCUGUAAUCGUACAGUGUUGUGAGACGGAGAACGCCAUGUGUGUCGACGCAAAGCUCUUUCCUCUGACAUUUUGAAGAAUUGGAAGUCCAAGUUAGCUUUCAUCUCGGAGCGUCUCGAACAUCGAGCCCAUCUCCCUGUGUGGAGGGGGCAAGAUGGCAGACCCUAUAAUGGACCUCUUUGAGGACACACCCCUUUUUAACCUGGAUGCCCUACCGGAUGAUUCCUUCUCUCAGGGUUCUUCAGACCCUGUGGAAGAAGCUCUUAAACUGGCACUGGGUCAGAUGGACACACCUGAGCCUGAGCUUACAGUCAACGCUGGCCUCGGUGUACCAGUAGCAGCCCCCACCGUGCCUGAACAAGCUCCCAUCCCGGUCCACACGCAGCAGCCGGUGGUAGCUGCUCAGACAGUUCCUUUCGCUGCAGUUGCCACUGUGGCCCAAGCUCCUGCUGCUGUUGAUUCUGUACCUCAAGUUCCAGCCCAGGUCACUGUACCUGUUGCUAGCAACACCAGUGUGGCUACCAGUAGCACUGUCCUGCUGAACUCACCGCUAACUGUCUCCAGCCCUCCAGCUACCACCGCCACCGCUAGCGCACAGCAGCUCGCACAGAUAGCUCAGCAGCUCACUCCGCAGCAGUUAGCUGCCAUCACACAGCAGGCUGGUGGUAAAAUUGUCAUUCUUAAAGGUCCUCAAGGACAAGCCCAGGUCCUGCAGACUGUGCCUGGAGCCGCGGGUCAGACUGGCGGCAAGGUCAUCCGAUUGGUGUCCGGCUCGCCUAUUAAACCUGGCAUGUCCAUAUUACAAGGAGGAGCAGUCUUGAACCAAGCAGCGGGCACAGGACAAACCCAGGUGAAGGUCGGGGCUGCCGGCGUGCAGAGGCUGCUGCAGUCGCCCAACGGGCCAGUGAAACAGGUAUUGCUCACCUCCAUGCCGCAGCAAGUGCAGCAGACGCAAGGCCAGCAGGUCCAGGUGCAGAUUUCACCACAAACACAGAUAAACCAGGGCCAGACUCAAGUGCAAGUCCAGAGCCAGCCUGCUCAUAUCCAAGUCCAAGCGCAAAAUCAGGUGCAGCUCCAGCCAGCCAUGCAGGCCCAGACACCGGGGAACGAAGCAAAACGAAUCACGCUGGUUCUCCAGCAGCCCUCUCAGGCCGCUGCUGCUGCUGCGACGCCAGCGGGUCAAACUGUCGCAGCCCAGCCCCAAGUCACGCAGGUUCAAACAGCCCAAGGAGGACAACAACAACAACAGCAGCAGCAGCAACAACAACAGGCCCAAGCUCCAGCUAGACUGGUCCUGGGUCAGCUCCCUGGGGGCAAACUGGUCCUCCAGGGAAGCCAGCUUUCAGCCUUGACACAGGCCCGGGCUGCAGGCCAGGCAGGAGGGCAGCCCAAAGUCCUCACCAUCCAGCUGCAGGUGCAACAGCAGCCUAACCAGCAAGGGGGUGUUAAGUAUCAGCUGGUGUCAGGAGCAGGUAAUACGGGAAGCCCACAGGUACUGCAGAUAUCCCAAGGCCAAGGGGGGCAGAGACUGGCAGUGCCUUUCAAAAUGCUCCUGCAGCCACAGACAAGCUCAGCAUCUACAGCUGGUGGCGGGGCUGUUUCUGUGGUGAAGGUUGUCAACACUUCGACGGCAGGACCCUCCGGCACAACCACCUCCCCGACGCAGACCAUCCGCAUCGCCAAGGCCCCUGGUGAUUCUUCCUCUGUGCGACGGGUGGAGAUCUUGUGCAAGCAAGAGAAGGCAAACCGUAUUGUUGCUGAAGCGAUAGCGAGGGCCAAAGCACGGGGCGAGAAGAACCUCCCUCGAGUGCUCAACCAGGAUGAACUUCCAGCCACUCAAACCUCGCCAGAAGUAGGGGGCACUGUCACUGUGGUGUCGACUGCAAAGAAAAAGACAAGCGGGGGAGGGAGCAAAAAGAAAAGUCCCAUUGCGGCAGGAUCACCAUCUAAACCAGCAGGGGGAGCCGACAAAAAAGGCAAAGCCAAACCUGCAGGAGGGACCGUCAUAGACGCUGGAGGACUUGUUAUACCUGCGGCAGGAAACAAGAGCAAAAGUAAAAUCAAGACCAACACUAUCACUCUUGUGGGAGCAAAGAAAAGAAAAAGGAACCCAUCCUCUGAUCACUCGGACGGCGAGCUGAGUCCCGCCUCACCUGCUGCGCUGGAGGAAGACCUGAUCAUGAAGAGGCGUUCGAAUCGCGUGGUGAAAAGGAAGAAGUACACGGAAGACCUGGACAUUAAGAUAACAGACGACGAGGACGAGCAGGAGGAUGUCGACGUCAUGACGACCACGGCGGCUGUGGCCUCCAUCAGCGCACACCCCGUAGCAGCGGCGGCAGCAGCAGCAGCAGCAACAACAACAACAGCAGCAGCAGCCGCAGCAGCUCACAUCCACCAGGAAAUGGAGUUCAAUGCGGACGGACUGCCUGGCAUGCAGUUCUUUGUGGAAAACCCAAGUGAGGAAGAUGCUGCCAUUGUGGAUAAAGUCCUUUCUAUGCGAUUAACAAAGAAAGAAGUUUUCCCAGGCCAGUACACCAAUGUUGAGGAAUUCUUUGUCAAAUACAAGAACUAUUCAUACUUGCACUGUGAAUGGGCCAGCUUGGAGCAGCUGGAGAAGGACAAGAGGAUCCAUCAGAAGAUCAAAAGGUUCAAGACCAAACAUGCACAGAUGAGGCAUAUCUUCCAGGAGGAGGAGGAGCUCUUCAACCCAGACUACGUCGAAGUGGACAGGAUUCUGGAUGUAUCCCAUAGUGUAGACAAAGACAACGGCGAGCAUGUGGUUUACUACUUGGUCAAGUGGUGCUCUCUGCCCUAUGAAGAUGCCACCUGGGAGCUGAAGGAGGACGUGGACGAGGGGAAGGUUGAGGAGUUCAGCAAAAUCCAAACUCGGCAACCCCGUCUCAAGAGAACGUCCCGACCGCCGGCUGGCUCAUGGAAGAAGCUUGAGGAGACCCGAGAGUACAAGAAUGGCAACACGCUUCGAGAAUAUCAGCUGGAGGGUGUCAACUGGCUCCUCUUUAACUGGUACAACAGGCAAAACUGCAUCCUGGCAGAUGAGAUGGGUCUCGGGAAGACCAUCCAGUCCAUCGCACUCCUGUCUGAGAUUUAUGCUGCGGGGCUCCAAGGCCCCUUCCUCGUCAUUGCUCCUCUUUCCACCAUUACAAACUGGGAGCGGGAAUUCUCCACGUGGACCAACAUGAAUGCCAUCGUGUACCAUGGCAGCCUAGCCAGCAGGCAGAUGAUCCAACAGUACGAGAUGUACUGCAAAGAUGACAAGGAACAUUUAAUCCCAGGCGCAUACAAAUUUGACGCCCUAAUCACAACUUUUGAGAUGAUAUUGUCCGACUGUCCGGAGUUGAGGGAGAUCUCCUGGCGUUGUGUGAUCAUCGAUGAGGCUCAUCGCCUCAAGAAUCGUAACUGCAAGCUGUUGGACAGCUUGAAGAUGUUGGACCUGGAACACAAGGUGUUGUUGACCGGCACUCCUCUGCAGAACACUGUGGAGGAACUCUUCAGUUUGCUUCAUUUUCUGGAGCCUGCCCAGUUCCCAUCUGAGAUUGAAUUCCUCAGGGAAUUUGGAGACCUCAAAACAGAGGAACAGGUUCAGAAGCUGCAGGCGAUAUUGAAGCCAAUGAUGUUGCGACGACUCAAAGAGGAUGUUGAGAAGAAUCUGGCACCCAAACAGGAGACCAUCAUCGAGGUUGAGUUGACUGACGUCCAGAAGAAGUACUACCGGGCAAUCCUGGAGCGGAACUUCAGUUUUCUCAGUUUAGGAGCAAACAGUAACAGCAAUGUGCCCAACCUGCUCAACACAAUGAUGGAGCUGCGCAAGUGCUGCAACCACCCUUACCUCAUCAAUGGUGCCGAGGAGAAGAUCGUAGCAGAAUUACGAAUGGUGUAUGACCCUCUGGCCCCAGACUUCCAUUUGCAGGCGCUGAUUCGGUCCGCGGGCAAGCUCGUCUUGCUGGACAAGCUACUGCCACGUCUCAAAGCUGGUGGCCACAAAGUACUCAUCUUCUCCCAGAUGGUGCGUUGCUUAGACAUUCUGGAGGACUACCUCAUCAACAAGAGAUACCUUUAUGAGCGGAUUGAUGGCAGAGUGCGUGGCAAUUUGCGGCAGGCUGCCAUCGAUCGCUUUAGCAAGCCCGACUCGGACCGCUUUGUCUUUCUGCUGUGUACCCGAGCUGGAGGCUUGGGUAUUAACCUCACUGCUGCUGACACCUGUGUCAUAUUUGACUCGGACUGGAACCCUCAAAAUGACCUGCAGGCACAAGCCCGAUGUCAUCGCAUUGGCCAGUCUAAGGCAGUCAAAGUCUACCGUCUGAUCACCAGGAACUCCUACGAGAGAGAAAUGCUUGAUAAAGCAAGCCUGAAGCUCGGCCUCGACCGUGCCGUACUGCAAAGCAUGAGUGGCAAUAAAGACAGCAAUGUUAAUGGGAUCCAGCAGUUUUCCAAGAAGGAGAUCGAGGACUUGCUGCGGAAGGGAGCCUACGCUGCCAUCAUGGAUGAGAACGACGAGGGUAGUCGCUUCUGCGAGGAAGACAUUGACCAGAUCCUCCAGCGAAGAGCCACCACCAUCACCAUCGAGAGUGAGGGCAAGGGAUCCACCUUCUCCAAGGCCAGCUUUGUGGCCUCUGAGAACCGUAACGACAUCGCCCUUGACGACCCGGAAUUCUGGCAAAAGUGGGCCAAGAAAGCUGACAUAGACAUGGACACCAUCAACCGAAAGAACACACUUGUUAUUGACACUCCCAGAGUACGCAAGCAGACACGACAGUAUUCCAGUUUGCGAGGAGAAGGUGGGGAGCUGUCUGACAUGGACAGUGACGAAGAGUACCCACCUGCAAAUUCCAGACACUCGCGUUCUUCCCGACGCUCCGAUCGUCACAGUGGAGUGGGUUACGGACGCACAGACUGUUUCCGGGUGGAAAAGCAUUUGCUUGUCUAUGGUUGGGGGCGCUGGAGGGACAUUUUGGCUCAUGCCAGAUGUAAGCGCCGCCUGAGUGAUCGCGAUGUGGAGACAAUCUGCCGUGUCAUCCUGGUCUUUUGUCUUCUGCACUAUCGCGGCGACGAGAACAUCAAGAGUUUUAUUUGGGAACUCAUCACACCACCAGAGAACGGACGUGAACCCCAAACACUACUCAACCACUCCGGCCUUUCCAUACCCGUCCCCAGGGGCAGGAAGGGUAAGAGGGUAAAAGCUCAGAGCACGUUUGAUGUGCAGAAAGUGGAGUGGAUCCGCAAGUACAAUCCUGAUACCCUGCUGCUUGAUGACAGUUACCGCAAACACCUCAAGCACCAAUGCAACAAGGUGUUGCUGAGGGUUCGUAUGCUCUACUAUCUCAAGCAGGAGGUGAUUGGUGACCACGCUGACUCAGUCCUGAAAGGGGCUGACAUCAGAGAUGUUGAUAUCUGGAUACCAGAGAUGGAGCAGCAAGAAGUACCUGCAGGAUGGUGGGAUGCUGAGGCUGACCGCUCUCUGCUGGCUGGUGUCUUCAAACACGGUUAUGAGAUGUACACGACCAUGCGCGCCGAUUCACGCCUGUGCUUCCUGGAGAGGGUUGGUCGCCCCGAUGACAAGGCUAUCGACGCCGAGCAACAUACUGGUGAUGGCGAGCUGGGAGAUGAAGGGGAUUAUGAUAAAUACUCUGAGGACCCCGAGUUCAAGCCUGCAUCAAGACUCCCCAAAGAUUCUUACGAGGAGCCUGACAGUAUGAAAGUAGAGGAGGAGAUUUCAGUGGUGGACAAGGCCGUCCCAGGGAUCACAGAAAGCCUACCUAACCUGAACCAGAGUGGAUGUGAUUGGCCCUCUAGUUCGUCGCUUACAGCACGGCUGCGGCGGUUGAUUACAGCAUACCAGCGCAGUUACAGGCAAGAGCAGCUGAAAAUUGAAGCUGAGGCAAAGGGCGACCGCAGGCGCAGGAGGUGUGAGCAAGCCAGUAAGCUGAAGGAGAUCGCACGGCAAGAGCGUCAACAAAGGUGGACACGCAGGGAAGAAUGUGAUUUCUAUCGUGUAGUAUCGACUUUUGGCGUAGAAAGGAUGAAAAAGGAGCCGAGCCUUCCUGAGGGCGAAGAUCCAGAUUUUGACUGGACGAGAUUUCGCACUUUUGCACGUCUGGAUAAAAAAACUGAUGAAAGCCUUAGCCGGUACUUCCGUUCUUUUGUAGUCAUGUGCCGGAGAGUGUGCCACCUGCGUCCUGGCCGUGAUGAGGAUACAUCAUCGGGUCCCCAGACUGUGGCCCCCAUCACAGAGGAACGUGCUUCUCGGACACUUUACCGUAUUAGCCUCCUCCGGCGCCUUCGUGAGCGAGUCCUCCCCCACCCCUCCCUGGAAGAGCGUCUGCCACUGGCCCCGCUCAGCUCUGAGUUGCCCACCUGGUGGAGUAUACCGGACCAUGACCGUCAGCUGAUGCUGGGCACGGCGCUCCACGGUGUCAGCCGCACCGAGCUCUCCAUCUUCUCAGACCCUCAGUUCACUUUCAGUGCAGCCCGAGAUGAAUUCAUUCAGAACCAGCAAGCUGCACUUCCGCCUCAGCCGCAGCCCAUCGCGCACCUCAGCCAGCCCAAGUCUGACGCGGAGGUGUCGGGUGGGAAGGAGGAAGGGCAAGAAGAGGAUAUUAGGUUGCUGGGGGGUGAAAUUGGUGCUAAUCUACAAAGUACGCCUUUGGGUCACCACGAUGCCAAGGCACAGGGGCAGACCUGGAGCUUCAAGAAGAACAAGGACAAGGGAGGAAGCAAAGCGGAGGAGGGCGGCUCCGAUUCGGAUUCAGAUUCCGAUUCGGGGUCGUCGUCAUCUGAUCGAUCAGGCAGCAGUGACGACAGCGGAGAUAGUGAUGAAGAGGUGGAUGGAGCAGGCAUGAAGACAUGUGAUGAAGAUAAUAGUUUAAUCUCGAUGACCUUGUCUCAAGAUGGCAUUCCACCCUCUGAUCCUAUAAGAGUAGAUUGGCCCAAGGACCGCGUGUUGAUCAACCGUUUGGACAGUUUGUGUACACUGGUGCUGACUGGUCAGUGGCCAUCGGGGAGGCGCUACGUCUCUGAGGCUCAUCUCAACGCCAACUCGGAACUGGUGGGAGACGAGAUGGCUUACGCUCGGGCGGCCCGCAAGCCCAUCGGCAUGCCUGGAGGAGAAGGAGAGGAUGGAGAAUUCACUGUCAAGCUCCUCAAGGAGGAGGGUCUGAAGCUGACCUUCUCCAAGCAGGCGCUGAUGCCCAAUGGAUCAGGAGGUGAGAGCAGCCGCAAGCGACGCAAGGACCAAGAGCUAUCAGACCCAGAUGGAUUCCUCGAUCCACUGGAGCGUAUACCUCGGCGCCGGGACCCUCCAACCUGGCUCAAAGAGAACCCAGAUUAUGAAGUAGAAGGAGACAUGCUGGAGCUUCUUGUAAACAGGAGCAAAAGGAAGAGGAGGAGGAGGGCAGAUAAAGUCCUGACGGGCAACGAGAAGGUCAAACUUAUUAACAUGAGGACAGGAAAGAAGAUUGGAGUGGCGUUUUGUCCGAUGCUGCAAGACCUCCGAGAAUAUCUGGAAGAAAAUCCUGAUUUCGCCGUCAUGCCCGAUUGGUCGGAAACAGUUCGGAACUCGGGCUUUUUGCCUGAGGCGCUCUUCCAUCGACUUCUGAGCGAGUACACGGAGAUCCCCAAGAAAAGUCGCCACCGCCAUCACCACCACCACCACCAUCACCACCAUCAUCACCACCAACACACUCCAGAGCCCGUGCCUGAAAAUCCCUACCUGGAAGGCGUGGAGGAGGAGACCCUGGUCUCGGAUGGAGCGUACAUGAUGGACGAGGAGGACCUGGAGACUUCCCAACACUUCCUCACCAGUCCAGACUUCGAUGUUAAAAUAGAGGCUGGCGACAGCCUUUCCCAAGGAGACUAUGACAGCUCGGAUCAGGAGGCCCUAUUGGACGAUGUCAUCCUCACACAGAAGGACUCUGACUCGUCAUCCAGCUCAGAGGAUUGACUCUGAACCCCCCCAACAGCCCCGAGUUUAUUUGACUUAGUCCCUGUCGGAAAGUGCGUCAUUAUUCCUCAUUUAUUUUUACCUUGUUAUGUAUACGAUUAUUGAUGAAUUUAUGUUGCUACUUUUUUUUUUUUUUUGUCAUGAAAGAGCAGGUUUGCACCAAUGUUUUUUUUUUCCCCCCAUCAGCAAGAACUUCAAUCUCUAUUCUCAGUCCGCCACUGUAGCCACUGUCAGAUGGCAAACAUCAUUCUUACUUUAUGGCCCACCAUCAUCCUCCACUCGCUCCAUCGUCAGGAGUUCCCAUCACAUUCCCAGCUGUGACCAAAAGGGGACCUCCGUGUGCUGUAGAUACCCUUUCUUAUCUAGGAACCUCAAAAGGGUCCUCAACGUGACCAGAACACGUGUACUGAAUUCAUUGGCAUCCCACAAUCCACCCAGCCUUGUACUGUCAUGUCACCUUUGUCCACGCAAGUUUGUAAACUUACAAGGGGAUCCAGUACGGAUGUGCCGUUAAUGUUUUAACUGUGCAGGGAGGGGGAGAAGGCGUGUGGCGCAAUAGUUACUGAGGCAGGAAAUAAAGGAUGGUUGUAUUGUAUCAUGUAGAUCAGGUAAGUUGUGUACUAUGGUGCAAAGUCGACAACAAUGAGUUGCUAUUCUUGUUUUAUGAUCUGAUUGUAUCUGUGACAUGAAUAACAGCAAUCUACAGUGAAAUCAAGUCUGUGUGUAUUAUUGUCCAAUUCACUAAGAAGCUUCUUUUUUUUUAUAAACUAUAUUCAUGUAUUGUGUAACUUCAUGAGUCCCAUUUACCACCAAGGACAUAUUAAUAGUCGUGUCCACUCUUGUUCCAUUAAAAGAUUGCAGAUGUGUACCUCAAACUGAUAUU